AUCUGCACCAGUCAACCUCCAAAACAGGCAGAAGAGUAGAAUUAAAUUCAGUACCUUGCUACCAGCUUGGCAUAUCAUACACAGAGUACAUAAUAGUUUGAGAGUUGCUAUUUUAAAAAAAACGCUGCUCGCCUGGUAGGAGGUUACAGCUGUGUGGACUGUGAGGAUUGGGUUACAGUGGUACACUCGCCACUGAUGUAGACUCUUGCUGAGGGAACACAGCAUUGGCAGACCACCAACAAAGUGUUUAUUAUCCUCAACCUGGAAAACAGCUUUGACAUUAGUGACCAUGGUACUGUGGCUCUUCACAUCAGGAGGUUGCCUGGGACCUAAAGUAUAUUCUGAGGUACCAGAUGGUGGCUGGGGUUGGAUUGUGGCUGUGGCCUUUUUUAUUGUUGAAGUCUUCACAUAUGGAGUCAUUAAAUGUUUUGGUAUAUUCCUCAACGAUCUGAUUUGUGAGUUUAAUGAAACCAACAGUCGGGUUUCAUGGAUGAUCUCAAUAAGUGUGUUUGUAAUGACUUUUACAGCACCACUGUCGACUGGGCUGAGCAACCGAUUUGGCUACCAGCCUGUCGUGACACUUGGAGGAUUUCUAAUUUGCCUGGGAACAAUAUGCACUGCAUUCACCAGCUGCAUGAAUCAGAUUUACAUCACAAUUGGGAUAGUUGCAGGACUUGGUUACUGUUUGACAUUUCUCCCGACUGUCACCAUCUUGUCCCAAUACUUCAGUAGACGUCGGUCCCUGGUCACUGCCAUGGCCUCCAUAGGAGAACCUUUUGCCAUAUUUGUCUUUGCACCAGGGUUUACAGCACUUAAGACACAUAUUGGCUGGAGAUACACAAUGGUGGUGCUUGGACUGUUACAGGGUACCAUUAUUGUCUGUGGACUUCUGCUUCGCCCCAUGAUAAUCAAGCCAAAGACAACAGAAAGUUUUACCAAACCAUUGAGAAAGCACAAGAUCAAAAACUCUCUCCCUGAUAGUGAACUUGGUGGUUCACGGAGCUCCAGAGACUUGGAUGUGCAGUCAUUCAAAGAGUUGGAACAGGGCCUCCAAAUGGGGGGACAGCAAAAAGAUGGAGACGCUUUUCAGACUCAUCAGGAUACAAAAAGCCCAUGCAAAAACAAACUCCUGGAUCUUUCUUUGUUAAAGGAAGGAAGCUUCUUAUGUUAUGCUGGAUUUGGUCUUUUUGCAACACUGGGCUUCUUUGCUCCACAGCUGUAUGUGGUGGAGCUCAGUGUGAGUAUGGGGACUGAAAGGGACAAGGCAGCCUAUAUGCUGUCAAUAAUGGCAGUGGCUGAGAUCUUUGGACGACUCUCCAUUGGCUGGAUCCUGAGCUGUGGAUGCAUUAGGAAGAUAUUUGUCCUACUUGGAUGUGUGUCGCUGAUAAGUUUGGUGUUGGUGCUCUUUACAGUGGCAGAUGGCUUCUGGGGCCUGGUCGUCUGCUGUGUCUUGUAUGGCUUCCUAUUAGGUAAUAUUGCAGCCACACAUAUCCCCAUGCUGGCUGAGGAUGAUGUAGUGGGCAUCAACAAAAUGCCCCUAGCUGCAGGUGUCUACGUUUUCAUCCAGAGCUUUGCAGGACUUGCUGGACCACCUUUAGGAGGCAUUUUGGUGGACAUCACACAGAACUACAGUUCUGCCUUUUAUUCCUGUGCUGCUGGUACAGGGAUAGGUGCACUCUUUCUAGGGUUGGUACGUCCAGCAAAGACAGGUUUUCUGUGCAAAAAGAAAGCUCUCAGCACUUGCCAAAACAGCCUUGCUGCCGAGCACAAGGACCAGGAUAAAGUCAUGCCUGAGGAAUUUCUAGAGGUGGACACCGUACCUACCCCACAAAGUCAAUCUUGGACCAAGUCUCCUCUUUGAACUUAGUUGGCAAAAUUUCAGAAACCAGCAAAAGUAGGGAUGUCUGACCAUGGAGCAGCAUUAAGGAAUAGAUUAAAAAAAAAAAACAAGGUUACCUACCCAUACACCAAUCACACAAUCAUAAUGUGCCUUAAAAAUGAGGCAUAAAUUUGGAAUAUUUAUGACAGUAGUAGCUUAAGUACAAGGCUAUUAUUCUCUGCUUCUCUCCAGAUAGUGUGAGGCAGAUCACGUUCAUGUCUAUAUUGAGCCAUAUCAGUUACAGGUCAGAUUUCAGAUUGGCCAGGAGAUCCACCCUAUAUGUCCCAUCAUAUAGAACAAUUCUUUUAAACUACACACACCAGAUCUUUAAUUGGUCAUAAAGCUGACAAUGAAUUGAAUCAUUUGUGUUAAAUCCAGCUGAAAAAUUCUUUAUAAUGGAAUGAGCCUAAAGACAAAUUAAAACUUUUUUUUUUCCUGUGAGGGAAAGCACACUGGA